UGCAUGCUUUACUUAGGUGUUAGGAGGUGUUCAACAAUUUCACAAGUAGCUGUCAAAGCGCAGCUGCUGCACUUCUGAUCUGGUGGUGCUACGCUGCUCUUCUGUUUUGUAAUUAUGAUGCUAAGAGGCCAAAGUGGUGGAUGGUGUCUUUUCUUCCUGGCUGCUGUCUUUAAAGGUGUCCACCUCCACAUCAGUGACGGCUCCAGCCAGCCUGCUUUGGACUCUGAGCUGCCCUCUAACACUCAGCUCUACCAGCCGAUCCUGCAGCCUUCAGAGGCCACUCCUCAAACAGGUGUAGGAAACUACAUGUACAAAGACCAUGCAGGGAAACCCUGCAUCAGAAUUACCAUGGGAGCAGAAUACAUUGUCAUCGAAAAGAAAACCUGGUAUUUCAGCCUGGACCCAUCCAGAGUGACGAUCAGUGGUCACUGUGGAAAUGAAGAAGCUCUAAUCUCUCUCACACUGCCGGACAAUGCUGCCAGUCUGCAGUUCAAAUUCAAAAAGGAAAAAAACUUUUUCUACGUCACCGAGAUGACUGCUUAUUUGUCUCCUGUGCCUGUCUGCAAAGAUUGUUCCAAUAAGAAUUACUCGGGUUUGUUGGCCGAUGAAAAGCUUUUCAAAACGGCUAACGGCCAAAGCUUCACGUGCAAGUCUGAGAAUCUGCUUCUGAUGUCAUCUGAGCUGAGGAUCAAGCUGGUUCCUGUGCAGAUGCAGGCCUUCAGCCUGCCCCAAGGGCAGUACGGGACAGAGGUGGAGUGUUGGGCUGAUUAUAACAUGAAAAUAAUUCCCAUCAUCAGCGUUGCCGCCGUGGUGUGUCUCACCCUGAUCAUCGCGCUCAGCUUCCUGGUGAUCCGAGAUCGCCGCAGAGUGGGAUAUGAACGGCUGUGAGCUCGAUGUGAAACUGGAAGGGGAUUUAAUCCAUCUCACUAUUUCUCAUGGUCCUUCUCAUAACUUGCAUGUCUUUUUGUCACACAUACCUCUGUUAAUAACACAAGCUGUUUGUCUGAGAU